GCACUCAGUACCAGGCCGGGCCUUCAGUUGGCCAGCAGAAGUGUCGCUGAUCGUGUCAGCCGGUUCUCUCUCUCUGCCCACUUUAUUUCUAGUACAUAACCAAAAAAGAAGGACCGGUUGAACAUCCCAUUUAAAAAAAAAAAUUAUUAUCCCCCCCUUUAUUUUCACGAAAGUCGUCUUUCGCAACGGGUUUUCAGUUUGCCUGUGGAGGGAUUGUUUCGUCACCAUUUUGGUUGAGAUCACGAGACUGCAAGUUGGGUCCGACUCUUCAUUCCGCGUGGGCCACAUAACGUCGAAACCCGGUGGCCGGUUUUUCUGCUGCAAAGUGAAACGAAGUAGACAAAAGAAAUUCCAACAGUGAAAACCUAGAAACGUCAAAAAAGUAGCGAUACAAUAUGGCGUCCCUUGUGGCUACCGUCGUUGACGGAUACAACACCAUAUGGGAUCUAAGAGACAGGAGAGUGGAGAACUGGCUCUUUAUGGGCUCGCCGCUGUCCACCUUGGCUAUUUGCUUGAGUUACGUCAUGCUCGUCAAAGUGUGGGGACCGGCCUACAUGAAAAACCGACCAGCCUUCCAGUUUCGCCGCACUUUGGUCAUUUACAACGCGAUUCAGGUCAUCUUCAGCACGUGGCUCUUUUACGAGUCGCUGAUGGGUGGAUGGCUCUUCCACUACAGUUUAAAGUGUCAGCCCGUUGACUAUAGUGACGAUCCUAUUGCCAUUCGGAUGGUCUACGCCUGUUGGUGGUAUUAUUUCUCCAAGUUCACCGAGUUCUUCGACACAAUUUUCUUCGUCUUGCGCAAGAAAGAUGAGCACGUUUCUCUGUUGCACGUCGUCCACCACGGCAUCAUGCCAAUGAGCGUCUGGUUCGGAGUUCGUUUCACGCCUGGCGGUCACUCAACCUUUUUCGGUUUGCUCAACACCUUCGUCCACAUCGUCAUGUACUUUUACUACAUGGUGGCCGCCAUGGGUCCUCAAUACCAGAAAUUCAUUUGGUGGAAAAAAUACCUCACCGCAUUCCAGAUGGUUCAAUUCAUCGCCAUUGUGGUGCACGCUUUCCAACUGCUCUUCAUCGAUUGCAACUACCCCAAGGCCUUUGUCUGGUGGAUCGGCUGUCACGGCGUCCUCUUCUUCUGCCUCUUCUCCGAUUUUUACAAGCGCAGCUACAAGAACGCCAAGUCUCGCAUUGCCGCUGCUACCAAUGGACUGAAAGCCAAUGGGCACAGUAACGGAUACUCUAAUGGCAGCACCAGCAAUGGGCACAGCAACGGCCACACCACUAACGGACAUGCCAACGGCCACAGCAACGGUCACGCCAACGGCAAAACCCACGAAAAGAACGGACACUCCAACGGCCACUCGAACGGCUACACCAAUGGAGCUCUUCAUUCCAAGAAUGAAUAGAUAUCAUCACCCUCUUACCCUCUCUUGGAAGA